AUGGACGUCUUCGAGCCGCACUGGGCGUCUGCAGACGAGAUGAAGGUGUUCCAUGCGCCAGACUACAUUGAGUUCCUGCAGCACGUGAGUCCAGCGAACCAGCGGGACCCAACGAUAGAUCUGGCUAAAUAUAACUUCGGAGAGACGAGCGACACAGACUGCCCCGUGUUUGACGGCGUUUUCGACUUCUGUCAAAUUUACGCCGGAGGAACUCUAGACGCGGUGGCGCGUCUGAACUUCGGACUCUGCGAUAUUGCGAUCAACUGGUCUGGAGGUCUCCACCACGCGAAGAAGGCGUCGGGGUCGGGGUUCUGCUAUUGCUUUUUAACGGAGAAAAACAUGGUUGGGGCUAGCGUUAAUAUUUGUUUUGGUGUCAGGUAUCACCCGCGCGUGCUUUAUAUCGACAUUGAUGCACACCAUGGUGACGGUGUGGAGGAAGCCUUCUACGUCACGGACCGUGUGAUGACGGUAUCGUUCCACAAAUACGGCGACUUCUUCCCUGGAACGGGAGACGUUAAGGAUAUCGGUGCAAAGAGUGGGAUGUAUUACGCUGUCAACUUCCCACUACACAGCGGCAUGGAUGACGAUAGCUACGAAAGCAUAUUCAAGCCAGUGAUAGAUAAAGUGAUGGAGACUUUUUGCCCCUCGGCAGUGGUACUUCAGUUGUGUUCGCUUCGUUAA